AUGGAUUUAGUGCACGGCAGCGGCGUGCUGGUUAUCCAGCAUCUGCAGAACAACUACAGGGAAUAUCACGGCUUUCUCAACUUCAUGUCAACCGUGGGCGACCCUCGCAACAUCUUCUUGGUUUACUUCCCCCUCUGGUUCCAUCUCAGUCAUAAAGUUGGCACCAAGAUGAUAUGGUCGGCUGUUAUAGGAGACUGGCUCAAUCUAAUUUUCAAAUGGAUUCUGUUUGGUCAGCGGCCUUACUGGUGGGUCCAAGAAACCACGUUCUACCACAACAAUUCAGCGCCACGUUUGGAGCAAUUUCAAAUCACAUGUGAAACAGGGCCAGGUAAUCCAUCUGGGCAUGCCAUGGGUUCAUCCUGUGUGUGGUAUGUGAUGAUCACCUCUGUUCUCCACUUCACCAGGCCCUCCCCCAUGAGUAGUUUCCUCAUCACUGUUGAUGUAUCAAUGUGUCCUUUCAGGUUUCGUCUCCUGAGGUCUGGUCUGUGGAUGGCUUUCUGGAUCAUUCAGAUUAGCGUUUGCAUCUCCAGGGUUUUUAUUGCGACACAUUUCCCGGAUCAGGUUAUCCUCGGCCUUUUAUCGGGUAUGCUGGUUGCUGCCGUGUUUGAUCACAUCCCUUCAGUUUACAGAGCAAGCUUGAAAGUUUACAUACAGACCGACGUUUUUCUUUUCUUCUUUGCCGUUUGCUUUUAUCUGCUCCUCAAAGUGAUGGGCAUCAAUCUUCUGUGGUCCGUCACCAAAGCCAAGAAGUGGUGCGCUAACCCAGAGUGGAUCCAUCUGGACACCACCCCUUUCGCUGGUCUCUUGAGAAACCUGGGAUCCUUGUUUGGCCUUGGCCUGGCCGUCAACUCUGAGAUGUUCCUCCAGAGUUGCAAGGGGAAGAACGGCAACAAAACCAGAUUCAAACUCAUGUGUGUGGCCGCAACUCUCACGUGUCUGCAGCUCUUUGACUUGAUGAAAAUGCCCACUCACACUGAGGUUCUGUUUUACAUACUGUCGUUUUGUAAGAGUGCUUCAGUACCUCUCGGUGUGGUGGCUGUUAUUCCUUACUGUGUUCAUUUGCUGAUUGGAGAUGAGGACAGGAAACUGUCUUAG